CAUCUUGUGAUGAAAGAUUUCAUGAUCCAGGGUGGAAUCUUCACCAGAGGAGAUGGCACAAGAGGCAAGAGCAUCUCCAGUGAGCGUUUCCCAGAUGAGAACUUCAAGCUGCAGCACUAUGGCCCCGGUUGGGUGAGCAUGGCCAGUGCUGGUAAAGACAUGAACAGUUCCCAGUUCUUCAUCACUACAGUCAAGACAGCAAGCAUGUGGUGUUUGGGAAAGUUCUAGAGGGCAUGGAGGUGGUGUGGAAUGUGGAGAGCACCAAGACAGCCGGAAGAAGCCCCUGAAGGACAUGAUCAUCAGAGACUGCAGCAUAAUCAAGAAAGGGCUAUCGCAAGACAUGAAGUUCGAGAAAUUGAGCAGCGACAUACACUGGAUGGACCUCGGCAAGAUGCAACUUUAGAUGAGGAAGAAGACAUGGUGAUCAUUUAUAACAGAGUUCCCAAAACUGCAAGCACCUCAUUUACAAAUAUCGCCUAUGACCUGUGUGCAAAGAAUAAAUACCACGUUCUUCACAUCAACACUACCAAAAACAAUCCAGUGAUGUCUUUGCAAGACCAGGUGCGUUUUGUAAAGAAUAUAACUUCCUGGAAAGAGAUGAAACCGGGGUUUUAUCAUGGACAUAUUUCUUAUUUGGAUUUUGCAAAAUUUGGAGUGAAAAAGAAGCCAAUUUACAUUAAUGUCAUAAGAGAUCCUAUUGAGCGGCUAGUUUCUUACUAUUAUUUUCUGAGAUUUGGAGAUGAUUAUCGACCAGGAUUAAGGAGACGAAAACAAGGAGACAAAAAGACUUUCGAUGAAUGUGUAGCUGAGGGCGGCUCAGACUGUGCUCCAGAGAAGCUGUGGCUUCAAAUCCCAUUCUUCUGUGGCCAUAGCUCAGAAUGCUGGAAUGUGGGAAGCAGGUGGGCUAUGGAUCAAGCCAAGUAUAAUCUAAUUAAUGAAUACUUUCUGGUGGGAGUUACUGAAGAGCUUGAAGAUUUUAUCAUGUUACUGGAGGCAGCUUUGCCCCGGUUUUUCAGGGGUGCUACAGAGCUCUAUCGUACAGUAGGAAAGAAAUCUCACCUUAGGAAAACCACUGAGAAGAAACUCCCCACUAAACAAACCAUUGCAAAACUGCAGCAGUCUGACAUUUGGAAAAUGGAGAAUGAGUUCUAUGAAUUUGCACUUGAGCAGUUCCAGUUCAUCAGAGCCCAUGCUGUUCGAGAAAAAGAUGGAGACCUCUACAUCCUUACACAAAACUUUUUCUAUGAAAAGAUUUACCCUAAAUCGAACUGAGUACAAGGUGUGACUAUUAGAUUCUGGAACUAGAACUGUGACCCUCUUCACCAUUGUUCUCAGCUUCACAUCCUGGAUUGCUGAUAAAUGUAUAAGACAGUUUGUACUGGGCUAUGUUAGAAAACAGACAGUAACAUCAAGGAAGUAAAUACUGGCUGGUAGGUCAGUGUUCUGAGAUUAAGUUUCAGGCAUUUUUCUUCUGUCUAAAUUUUGGUGAGAGUUACAACCUCCUGUGUGAAAGGGGGGAAAAAAACCUUACAUCCCUUAAAAUGAACACAUGGCAGGUCUAAUCAAAAGGCUAUUUUUGCUUUUGACAAAGCAUUUUUUUUUUCAACUAACCAUGACUGAAUAUAAAUCCAUUUGCCACUUCCACCUUCUCCAGAAGUUUGGAGUUAUACACCUCUUCUGAAUAGUGUUAAUAACUGUGGUGGUGUGUGCUUUGUUUCUGUGAAUCAUGUCUCAUGAAAUUUUAGACUGUUUGAUCAUGUUUGCUAAGAAAUGUUUCUGCUGUAGUUGGAUUUGCCCAUAUUCAUGUACGUGAGGUUUUUUGGGGGGGGGUUUGUUUUUGUUUUUUGGAUGAUGAUUAUUAGUAUUAAAAUCCAGUUUAAACCAUCAAUACUGUAAAAAGAGUAGUCAGCAGUAUUUCUUCUACUACUGUCUUCCCAGUAUUUACUAUUGGGAAGAUAGCUCUAAGAAUGUUGGCAUUAUCUCAAGUUUCAUUUAAGACUUCCACACAUUAGUAUCAAAAAAGUAAGUUUAGUAUUGUUUCUCCAUGGGUUAUUUGUAAAGCUGUAAACUGAGAUAUCGGUGACUCUAUAUUAUGACUCCAUUAGUGAGCUGUGGUAUGGGUAGGAUUUUCCUACUUCUUCUGUACUUUUACCUGUAGACUAUUUUUACUACGGUGCUUUAUAAUGUGUUUUAAAGCAUUGCAUUUACAAAUAUAAAAAAAGAAAAAUGCUUGUAAAUAUUGCAUAUUUUAUGUAUUUGGACCAAAAGGUUAUAAAUAGACAAAAGUGAUUUUGCACCAAUUUUAUUAUAUCAAGUAAAAUCAUCUGACCUGCUUACUUAUAUUUCUCAUUUAACUUUACUAUUAAAUGACUAAAAGGAAGUUCAAUUAACCUUUCAAUUUUGAUAGAAUACAUUAUUCAUAAUUGGAGGCAGUAGUUAUAAUAGUGGAAAGAGUCAAAACAUUUUGAUUUCUGCUCCUGGUUCUACAAUUCCAGCUUGGUAUCUUGGGCGAGACACUUGACCUCUCUUUGUCUCAGUUUCCUUAUCUUUAGAUGAGGUUAAUAAUACCUGCUGUACCUACCUCACAGGGCUGUUGUGAGGACUUUAUGAGAUGGCAUGUGAAAGCACUUUGAGAACUGUAAAGUGGAGUUUAAAUGUAAAGUAUUAUUAUACAAACAUCUUUAACAUAUAGUUUCAUACCAUUCACUUUUUAACAAAGAAAAGGAAAAGUCCGCUUUUAAGCUUUGUGAAAAAAUUUAUCUUGUUAUAAAUUUGUGUUUGAUAAAUAUCUUGAGCUCUCAAUCUUCCAUGUUUCAACAGCUAUUGAAAUAUGAAACACCUGUAGACUCUUAAAAGAUUCAUGAGCAGCUGCUUGAGUUCAGGCGGUCCUCUGUUGGAACUGAACUUUUGUAAGCUGAGUUAGGGGUAGGGGUAGAAAAACCUUGCCCUUCAAAUUGUAAAGAUUUUUGUUUGGUUGGUUUAUUUUACAUGACCAUUCAGAAAUGGUAGCUAUUUUGUUUGUAUAGUUUUUAAAGUAUGUUUUUCAGAGUUUAAUUUUAUUGUGCAUUCUUACCUUCUUUCUCCUCUUUGUGUAAUAAAGAAUUUUAGAAAUGUUUUCUAAAAAGAUAAUCUUUAAUAUGUUUAGUGUAAGUAAAUAUUUCUGAAUAAGGCUUCAUCAAACAAAGCAUAAUUUGGGCAGAUUGCCUUAAAGGUUACUGUGUGAGAGGGGAGGAAGGGGAGAACAAUGUAGAUAAAAAAUAUUUAUAAACAAACUAAAAAGCUAAAGGAAUAACAAACUUCUUACCACCCUUUUCCCCCAAUAAUAGGAAGAUAUUAAGAGAACAUAAGCAGGCAUAUUUGUCUUACUUGGUUUUCUUUUUCUUUUCCCUUUUUUUUUUUUAAACUAACUUUUAUAGGUGUUUGCUGAAAGCAUACACAAAUCAUUUCUUUGCUCAAAAAUAAGACACCACUUUGAGGUGGGUUUGUUCGACCUUUACUUACUAAUGAGCAAACCCAGGCUGUUCUUGAAGUAUGUGCUAAAAUUUUGAGGUGCGUUACCUCUUUUAGAUAGCUAGAGCAGCACUUAGUACAUUCUACCAAGGGUCAGUAAAGUUUUGCUGUAAAGGACCAGAAAAUAAAUAUUUUAAAUCUCUGUCACAAUCAUACUGCUCUGUCAUUGUUGUAAAAAAGCAGCUGGAAACAGUAUGGAAACAAAUGAGUAUGGUUAUGUUCCAGUGAAACUUUAUUUACAAAAACAGAUGACAUGCCAGAUAUGGCCCAUGAGUUACCGAGCUCUGCAACUAAAGAAGUCAUUAUUUGUGGAGAAAUCAUAUUUGUAUCUCUACUGUAGUGGCCUGAAAGAGUUUAUAUACUUCCAAAAGCUCCUAACUUAAAUCCAAAGAAUAGCUUUGUGAUUGAUGCCGUCUCUCGCACUGACUGAUUCAUAAACUUUUGUGUAUAUUGCUUCCACAUGGACAUCUUUUCCAGCUUAACAGUUCAGGGUAGGGACAUUUAUUUUGUAUUCAGAGUGGGUUAGAUGUAUCCUUUUUGAAGACUGAAAAUGGGGUGGACUUAAUUCCAUCCAGUGCAGUAUAGUCCUAGGAGUCUGGGUCCUUAUAAGAACAUAACUUUAUAAUCAAAUAAAUAGAAACACUGAGACAAUACGUAUUUUUUUAAAAGUGGCAAGUGUGGUUUU